AUUCUUAUAAAUCAAAGCAAUUAGGGACGGUAUUGGAACCAGAGGAUGAUUCUGAUGUUCUAAUUGAAGUGUGAGUAGACUAGGGAUACCCAACUAUAACUGGUGGUCUGAGGCUUGGUCUCUUUUGUGGGUCGUGGUACAAAUUUCUCCAAUGUCCUACCUGCAGCUACAAGGCUUUCGUCCUUUUCCAAGCCAUUGGAAAGGCACUUUCUACUGAAGGCAAGGGCCAUGCAGAACGUAGGAUUGACAGGCUUGACGUUUUGGUCGCCAAAUGUUAAACAUUUUUCGUGAUCCCAGAUGGGGAAGAGGCUAAGAGGCCCCUGGUUAGAAGUCCAUUUAUUAUUUUUCUUUUGUGUGCUUUUGAAUUGUGAUAAUUCAGGUAACAAAGCAAGACAUGGAAGAUACAUUUCAACCUCCAUUUAGAAGUUGUGUUCUUGAUGGUAAUGUUGCCAGUGUAAUGUGUUCCUACAAUCAGGUCAAUGGUAAGCCAACAUGUGCUGAUCCAAAUCUUCUUUCUGGGGUCAUUCGAGGCGAAUGGAAAUUGAAUGGAUACAUAGUUUCUGACUGUGAUUCAGUAUAUGAGUUCUUCAAUGGACAACACUAUACCAAAACACCAGAAGAAGCUGCAGCUACACAAUAUUGGCAGGUAUGGAUCUCAAUUGCUGGUGAUUCUUAGGCCAGCACACUGAAGUCUUGGUCCCACUAUGAUGAGUCGAAUAUUGACAAGGCUGUCUCAAAUAAUUUUGCUACUAUGAUGAGACUUGGUUUUUUUUAUGGUGAUCCUACCAAGCAAAUCUAUGGAAAUCUUGGUCCAAAACAUGGUAUCCACUAUCAUAAGUACCAAUGACAAACAUGAACAUGAGAGCAGAUCCUUUGACGGGCUAUCCAGGCAGAACCUACAGAUUUCAUACUGGAGAAACUGUUUAUUCAUCCAAGAGCUCCAAGCAUAGCCCAUCUGCAGUGAAUCACUUCAAGCUCACGGUUCUUGACAAAAGUUUCUGAGUCCGCACAGAGACCAACAGUAUCCCAUCCAUAGUCACCUGGGAACUCACUAGUCAAGUAAGACGGAAGCUCACUGGAGAAUGGACAUGGCCAUUGCCCAUGAGCUUAGGGGCAAAUGAGAAGAGCUUCACCGCCUUGCUAGUGGAAGUGGUGGGUGGAAAAGACAAGGGGUCCAAUGGGUAUUAAUAGAUAGUUGGUGAUGGAUUUCCUUAUCUCAGUGAAAUCUACGUUCAGGAUUCCAUAAGAGCGGUAUUUAAAUCUGUCACUUCAUUGGAAGAUGUAGAUUUUAUUUGUUUGUUCUUUUUAUCCGAUAUGAUAUUCUUUGGACUGCUAAAUUCUUAUAUUUAUUUAUUGUUCAUAUGGACGUUUCAUAUUUA